CGAUCUGUAUCUGACUACUAGCAGUGCUUAAACUAACAAGCUCACUGGCCAUUCUUUUAUAAGAAGUUAAGAGCCCAGCAAGCCUCAGCCUUCCUCCUCUCUUCACUCUCCUUGCCAUCACCCCCUUCACCAGCCGACCAAGAUUUACCGGCGUCGACAAGGUGUACGUACCGGUUAAUUGGAGUUCACCAUGACUACUGCCUCAGUUCUUCUUACACUUGCCCUGGUUAUCUCCUUGCUCGCCCUUGGCCAUCCGCUCGCUCAUGCUCGCCAUGUGAAGGACCCGUCCAUGCCAACCGGUGAUUCCACGUCUGUAAAGAAAGGAUUACAGCAAGGGAAUACCAUGAAGCUCGAUGAAGCUGGGAAGACCAAGAAAGUUGAAAAUGUGGGAGUGGAGGAGUCAUCGAAGGGUUCCUUUGAACCAAGCUUUGGCAACCAGGGGAGCCAUGGUGUUGAGUCUGAUAAGGUGGCCGUACUUGCUCGUCGUGGAGAACCACCCAAGCCUCACCCAAAGAAACACAACUGAGGCACCGUGGUCCGGAGUGGGUGAAUUUUCUUUUGUGACCAUCAGUACUUAGCUCAAAGCCCAACUGUCCCUAAGUAUGUUAGCCAGCUAAUUUGCUUUUUGGUUCAUCGUAUUGUAUUUAGUAUCUGAUCUAGAGUAGUAAUAGUUCCUGCCCCUCUCUAACUAGACUCUGGGUGAAAAUUUAGCUAGAAAAUGGAGAUCAUACUCCACUGAGCAUACUGUACUAUAGCUGCCUACUGUCAAAUUAAUACCACACCUUUUCAACA